AUCUUUAUCAGUUUGCGCACACACUCACUCCUUCUCGUUUUCGACGCUUUCCGGACAUCCACUCAUUGAUUUCAAAGCAGGAAGAACCGUCACAAUGGCCCGCCGUCCCGCCCGUUGCUACCGCUACUGCAAGAACAAGCCCUACCCCAAGAGCAGGUUCAACCGUGGUGUACCCGAUGCCAAGAUCCGCAUCUUCGACCUCGGUCGCAAGAAGGCCAACGUAGACGACUUCCCUCUCUGCAUCCACUUGGUCUCCAACGAGUACGAGCAGCUGUCUUCCGAGGCUCUCGAAGCCGCCCGUAUUUGCGCCAACAAGUACAUGGUCAAGAGCGGAGGAAAGGAAUCUUUCCAUCUCCGUGUCCGUGUCCACCCCUACCACGUCGUCCGUAUCAACAAGAUGUUGUCGUGCGCUGGUGCUGAUAGAUUGCAAACGGGUAUGCGUGGUGCUUUCGGCAAGCCCAACGGUCUUGUCGCUCGUGUCAACAUUGGUCAGAUCCUCAUGUCCGUCAGGACUAGGGACUCUAACCGCGCUAUUGCUCUCGAGGCUCUGAGGCGUUGCCAGUACAAGUUCCCUGGUCGCCAGAAGAUCAUCGUCUCCAAGAACUGGGGUUUCACCCCUCUCAAGCGCGAGGAGUACAUCCAGCAGCGCCAGGAGGGCAAGGUCAAGAUCGACGGUGCCUACGUUCAGUUCCUCCGCAACAAGGGUAACCUUGCUGAGAACAUCCGCCGCUUCCCUACCGCUUUCGAGGCAUCUGCUUAGAUUUUGAGUUGAGCGAAAUGGGUUGCUGUGCAUGAUGAUCAUGGGUCCAAUGGAAAUUCGGUUACGGCGUGAUUUGUUUUCUUCAUCGGUUAUGGAUGAAGGCUGGAGGGAGAGCCUCUGCGGCAUGUAACUGUAGAGAACGACCAGGAACAGCCCGACAAUGACAAAUGAUACAACAAUGUCUGCUUCCCGUAUGGCAGUAUGAGGAGGAUGUGAUGGUACGAUGAAGAAUAGUCAAGUGCAUGCCAAGU